AUGGCAGAGGAUGCAUUAGUUGCAAAAAGAAUAAAUAAAGGUCCUGGUAAAAAACAACCUAAAAUGUAUGAUGGUUGGUAUAUAGAUAAGUAUGAAGAAAAGCAUAAUCAAGAAAUAGGAUUCCUAGAUAAUUAUUUAGUAAAAAAAUUAAGAGGAAAACCAAAAGGCAUCAAACAAGUGCUUGAAAAAUGCCAACUUAGGCCUGGUGAAGAA